AUGAAGAAAGCUUUUACCUUCCUACCCGGUCAUCGGUCCGAUCGACAAGAGUCCGAAUCAGGCGGCACUAGUUCAACUCUCUUUAAGCGUCGAGAACAGCUGCGAAAAGCCCAGCGCACGCACCGCCUACGCAAGGACCAAUAUUUCAAGAAUCUAGAGAGUGAAGUAUUGCGUCUACGUGCAAACGAAAUGAAGUUGGUCCUUCAAGUUCAGAAUCUUCGCAGUCAGAUCGACGUACUCCACGGUAUUGUGGAUAAACAAGAGUUAUCCGUACUCCCAGCAGCGCCCUUCAUUGACUUGAAGGCAGCGGAGAAUGCUGGAGUAGGCCUGACUGUAGCAACCUCCCCGGUUCAAUACCAUGGCAAUAUCCAAAAUGGGAUUAGUUCCUGGGGAUCCAGAGUGGGGACGGAGUCUGAAGAGACCAAUUCCCCUCUGGGUCUGUCCGGUGAGAACAUUUACCCGAAUUCACAUGGCCAGCUCAUCGGGUCAGCAAACGGUCAACAGCCGGAUCUACCUUUCCGUGCCCCAGCUUUCACUUCUCCAUUUCAGCCAAUGGAACCACAGUCAAGAUGCGCUGAAAAGUCUUCUAACCAAAAGAUGACUGACAUGGGGAUGGAAUUUGUCUUGGCGCUCGAACAUCCCUGCCUCCCGCAUUUAGAGCGCCACCCAGAUAAGCCUAACGGCCAUUCUCUGCUCACGUCUGCCACCCUCGUCCACUCGCAUGACCAUCAAUACGCCUCGUCCAUGUUAUCAAAGUAUGCCCCAUCGACUUAUAAUCCCGCAUUUAUUUUUGACAAACUGCUUGCCCUGUCUGAAGAGCUUGUUCUUGAUGACGAACUCAGCCCGACUCAAGCCUGGUGCUAUAUUCUCCAACAGUCGUGGGUAAAUAAUCUCGAUGGAGUUAAACUCAGAGAACUGAGUGCGUCACUUUUGAAGCUUAUCAAAUGUCAUGGCUCUUCAACCAUCAAAGCAAGUCGCUACGGUGUCUAA